UUUAAUAUGCAAAUUUUAGUAGAGGUAGACUUUUUCCCGGCAGUUUUCUUUGUGCGCGUAGCAUCACAGACGGGCUUCUAUUUCCCAGUAAAUUUGGCGAUUCCCCUAAACUCAGCAUGCCGAGAGCGAAGAAGCGUUUUCCCGGGGAGACUAGAGAUGCCGCUGGACAGAAGAAGAAGUCGAGAGGGGCCGGUGCGGACGGCGGGGUGUCCCGAGCAGGGAGCGACUCGGGCAUGGAAAAAAUCAAACUGAAAGCGCCACCAUUCCUUGGGGAGCUUCUCUUCAGCGGGGGAACCAACUGGGACUUGGUGGGUCGGUCCCGACUUCCUAAGUCAAGUGCUGGCAAGCAGCUGAUUGGUGGACGCAACCUGUGGGGUCCCCAUCGCAUGGCCGUCCUGUCGGGCAUCAAGGUUCGAAGUGUCAUCUCCGGUCCUACGGCUUGCCACAGCAUCAUCAUCACCGAGGCCGGCAAGGCCAUGAGCUGGGGUCGUGGGGACAAAGGCCAGCUGGGUCACGGAGACCUGAACAGGUGCGAAGCCCCCAAGCUGAUUGAGGGACUCAAGGAGUUCACCAUUGUCAACGCAGCGUGCGGCCGGAACCACACCAUGUGUCUGACAGAGGAGGGCGUGGUGUACGCUUUUGGGGACAACAAACUCGGGCAGCUGGGCAUCGGUCAUCAGAACACCCCGAUUCCCACCCCCAACAGGCUGAUGUACUCGGGCCGCCCCAUUGUCAAGGUGGCGUGCGGGGGCGAGUUCACCAUGAUCCUAGACUACAAGGGCACCCUGCAUUCCUUCGGCUGUCCAGAGUACAGCCAACUGGGUCACAACACCAACGGACAGUACUUUGUCACCUCCAACAAAACCUCAUUUGACUGCGUCCUGACACCCCGACGUAUCGGUGGCUACAUUGAGAAGAACCGUGACGGCAUCAAGUUCCUGGACAACAUCGUCAUCAAAGACGUGGCAUGCGGGGCUAACCACACAGUUGCGCUGGACAUGCAGGGGCGAGUCUUCACCUGGGGCUUUGGGGGUUACGGCCGCCUGGGUCAUAGCGAGCCACGCGACGAGCCCAUCCCGCGCUUCCUCAAGACCUUUGACCCCUCCAGCAACAGAGCGGCCAAGAUGAUCAAUGCUGGGACUUGCUACUCCAUGGCCAAGACGGACCACGAGCAGCUGUUUUUCUGGGGCCAGACUAAGUCAACGGGAGAGGCCACCAUGUAUCCGAAGACUGUACAGGACCUGUCGGGAUGGAAGGUGCGGGGAAUCGGUUGCAGCAACCACUCCAUCGUUCUGAUCGCAGACGACAGCAUCAUCAGCUGGGGGCCCUCGCCCACGUUUGGGGAGCUGUGCUAUGGUGAGAACGGCCCCCGCUCCUCCUGCCAGGCCAAGGAGGUCAAGCCCCUGGAGAACAUCCACAUCCACGCCCUGACCUGUGGCCUGGGUCACACCCUCCUGAUCGCCAAGAACGACACGGUGGAGGACCGACGGAAGCUGCGGGCCAUGCCCCUCUUCAAUCCCACGGGGGUGCCAGUGAAUGAGUCUCCCCUCGAAGAAGAAGAAGACGACGAGGAGGAGGAAGAAGUGCAGAAACUAGAGGAGAUCAAGUCAGAAGUUGGGAACGGAGCACAAGACACUGACACCGAGAUGAAAGAAGCCAAGAUGGAGACGGUUGCCGGGCAAAAAGAUGAAACCCUUGCUAAGGAUGCAGUUGUCCCGAAUGUACCUGAGAAAACUGGCACCACUGAGAGAGAAGCCGAAGUCCCCGAGAAGAACGGAGAGGAUGAAAAGACUGCCAUGAAGGAUGCGGACGCCGAGAUGAAAGAAGCAGAGAUGGAGACGGUUGCCGGGCAAAAAGAGGAAGCCCUUGCAAAGGAUGCGGUAGCCCCGAAUGCACCCGAGGAAACCGGCACCACUGCGAGAGAAGCCGAAGUCGCCGAGAAGAACGGAGAGGACGAAAAGACUGCCACCAAGGACGGGGAGGGAAACUGCCCUUGCGAGAGCGAGGGGAUGGAGACAGGGGAGAUCGCAGCGAGAAGGUGGGCAAGAAUCAGCAGUAUUACCUCCGGCCCCGGCCACGCCCGCCUCGUCUUAAGCAGAUGAGCUGCAUCAGCUCGUCCUCACACGGCGGAGGGAGGAAAAAUAAAUCCACUUCACAGUGACAUGCGGCGGUCGAUGUUUACAGGUUUGACAAAAUGUUUCUUGCCAGCAGGUGAUAUCGUUGUAUACCAGUUUUUUUUUUCCUUCGGAGGUAUUGUUUAGCUGGACUAACCACUCCUCUCUCAGAUACAUCAUCCCAUCAUUUGUGAUGAAUUACUUUUGUUUGGGUAGCCUUAUACAAUUCAUCUCUGUAUUCAAUUUGUAAUCAUUAGACAGAUGAUCAAUCUAACCAUCAGAUCCUACCAAUUAAUCGAUCAGAAAAACUCAAGUAGAUAUCGACUGUCUUCAAGUAUCACUUUUCUUCCACUGGGCUCAGCAACAGUCGAAACAGUUACUAAAUCCAUUGCAUGAUCGUCGUCCAUACCACGAACUGACACUGAAUUGUAAGUGGGUGUCGAUUUGUGAAAACUACGCUAUCGACAACUAGAGUUUCACGAACCAGCACCGAGUGGUGCGCCGCGCAUCCAUCCACACCUACUGCCUUACCCCAAAAAGUUUCAUUAGAAUUUGUUUUAGCCGCUGGAAUUAAGAUCGGUAUCAUUUCGCGAAAACCGAAAUGCACGCUUGAAAUGCCGCACUGUGCUGGGUGCCAGUUCAUGAAAACAAAAGUAGCUCAGUUCUCUAAAGUGUCAGUUUGUGGUGUCGGUGAGGUAUUGAUUAUUCACUUGAUUAGCUAACGAAAAAUGUCGACUGCUAAUCAGUCCAUCAAGAAGAUUUCAUCUCAUUUCAUUUCAAUCAUCUUGAAUUGAUCAGUUAAUUUUGGAAAGUUCUCGAUCAGUACGUGAUUGCGCACUCAAAACAUUACCAGUUUCUGCAUUUGGUCAAUUAUCUUAAUCAGUUAAGCAUCUCAUCGAUCAUCAAUCCAGAUAUAAGACCUAGUCAUUUUGUCAGCCAAGUAGUUGGUACUCUUGAUCAGCCAACGAAUGAAGAAAUAGACACGUUUUUUAGCAACUCUUUUGUGGGUGGAAAAAUUUUGUUCGCUUGACACAUCUCUAGCUGCACACAGUACAACUCAGAGAACACAGUUUUCCCUAAAUUGACAUCACCUUAGGCAGUCGCUGCUGAAGAUAAUGGAUCAGUUGCUCUUAAAAGCAAACCGGUUUUCAAGCAGGAUUGCUUUUUGGGCUGAUGGUUGUUGCAAACUCUGAUAUUUGGGUUGAAAAUAUCUUUGAAAAAAAAAAAAAAACGACCAAAUUUGUUUUGUUGCUCAAAAGCAUUCGUCAGAGCAGUACAGAUAGCAUUUCGGGUCAACUCGCAGGAAUGUGUACAUGUACAACUCAAUGCAAAUCUCAGCCGGUCCCCUGCCACCAAUGUGCCGACAUAGCCUACACUCUUACAGGGAACCAGUGACUCUGCACUGGACAUCAACGUUAGUUCCAGUCAAUGCACUCUGUCUCUGUUUUAUACGUCCGUUAGCCUGACGCUCUGCGAAGCUUAGAGACGGGUCCGCGUAAGUGUGAUAUGACUACAGUUCAGGGAAUCCCUUCCGUUCAAACCGGAACCGCAACAUGGGACCAAUUGAUUGUUACCAAUCAAAGAAUGUACAAAGAGACUAAAAGCAUUUUGUAUUUAAAUAUUUAAUGUUGUCUUAAAAGUUUGAAAAGUACAGA